ACAGCCCUCUUUUGUUAUCCCAGAAUUCAUCAGUGAAUAUUUUAUUGCAAAUGGCCGCCAUAUUUGUUGUUGAUCGUUUCUCAUGAACGCGAUAGUAUUUUAAACUUUUUGAAAGUUUUUGCGCAUUCUGCAUUUUAAUGUUAUAGAAAGACUGUGUGACGUCUGCAGAAUUUUGGCACACGUGAUCAGACUCCAUCUUUCAGACAAGAAACCUUCGAAAUCCGCCAUGAUGAAUUCAGACGAAGGAAAAUGAGCAAGACAAUAGACAACUUAGACAUUACACAACUUGAUUUUAACAAGCCGUUGUUUGAUCUGACCACUACAACAUCGUCAUUACCGUCAACGGACUACCAGACUGAUGAAAACUAUAAAUACACACCACCGAAGAGGAAGUUGAAGAAUGAUGACGGCGAUGACAAUGAUAAAUCGGAGGAUUCUGAAUCCGGUUCUGGCUCAAAUAAUUCCAGUGGCUCUGGUUCAGAAUCAGAUUCGGAAUCAGCAUCAGGAAAUUCUGGAGAUGGUUCGGAAAACUCUGGUAGUGAAGAAAAAUCUGGUAGCGGCUUCAAUGACUCAUCAAAUAAUGAAGAUGACAGACAUAAAAAUGACAGUAAAUCAGAUCAUCCUAUUAGUGCCAUGGACACAGAUUCCCAGGAUAGUAGCCCGAAAAAGAAAUCCCGUGGUCGUCCAAGGAAAGGUGUCAUUAAUGAUCUAAAAGAGGAAAGAGAUUUGUUUGGAAGGAGCUUGUCGAAAGAUUCCAAGUUUUGGCAAGAAGAUCCCGAUUUGUAUGGUGUAAGACGAUCUAGUAGAGCACGUCAGGAACCUACAAGAUACAACAUUGGGAGUGAUAGUGACGAAGAACCAAAACGAAGACGAAAAAGAACAAAUAGUCAUAGAAAAAAUUCUGGGGAAUGGAACAGUGAUAGUAGUAGUGAUAGUUCAGCAAGUUCUACUGAAAGAUUUAAACCUCGAAGGCAGCCACCUACCAGGUCAAAGAGGGGAAGGCCAGGGAGACCGGGACGUCCCAGUAAGCAACAGGUACGGUCUGUGGGUCGUCCAAAAAAGAAAAACUCCUCUGACGAAGAAGAUUUUUCCGACAGUGAAGAUGAUUACACUAAAAGUUACAAAUCCUAUAAUAAAAGAUCUGUCUCACAAAAAGUCAGGGGUAAAGGUCGUGGAGGGGCGAGCACCUCAAGGGUUACAGCCACCCGACGAGGGGUAGCUAGCAAAAAUGUUAG